CUUUCAAACUAUGCUAAGUCUCUCAUGGGCUGGAUGGUCUUAAUACAUCCUGCUAAAACUUGUCAAUACUUCAGAUUUCAGAGGACAAUCAGGAGAGAAAGCAGAACAAUGGGAAAAGGCUGUGGGUCAGAAUUAGAUGAGAGUCAAGAAGGCCGGGCAAUCCAGUCUCAAUGUAUGUCUGAGCCACCAGGAUGGGGAGCAUCCAGAAAGAGCAAAAAGGACCCAUUCAUUAGGAUGGAGGAAUGCUGGGAAGCCCAGUGGCAGCAGUUCCUCCAGAUGUUGCAGUCCGCCCACACAGGAGGGAACUUGGAGGCUUCUCCCUGGGAAGACCCCAAGGCCUUCCUGGCCUCCUUUGAGCAGGUGGCCCAAGCCUGCCGGUGGCCCAGAGGAGAGUGGGCGGCCCGUCUCCUGCCCGCUCUGAGCGGAGGGGGGGAAGAGGCCUUCCGAACCCUGGAAACCAGAGACCAAGAAGAUUACGGGAAGGUCAAGGCCGCCAUCUUGCGAGGGGAAGCCCUGAGAACGGAGGCGCAGCGGCAGCACUUUCGGCAGUUCUGCUGCCAGGAGGUGGGAGAUCCCCGACGGAUCCACAGCCAACUCCAGGAGCUUUGUUGCCAGUGGUUGAGGGCGGAGAAACGCACCAAGGAGCAGAUCCUGGAGCUGCUGAUCCUGGAGCAGUUCCUGGCCAGCCUCCUGUCUGACCUCCAGAGCUGGAUCCAAGCCCGAAGGCCAGACACAUGUUCCCAGGUGGUGGUUCUACUGGAGGAUUUCCUGAAGACCCAGCAAGACCCACUCAUAAUAUAAAUCUGGC